AUGCCUUCGGUCCAGUGCAUUGAUUCCCUUGGAGCCGACAUCCGUGGGGGAAAUGUCAUAGCUCGGACACGAUGCCUCCGACCUAUGAUUAACACCGGAUCUUUGGAAAAAUACAAAUACCAAGAUCUCACACCGGUGAUUGGGAGAGAGUUUGAAGGACUUCAGGUCACAGAGAUUUUGAAUAGAGAGGAAAACCUCGUCGGAGACCUUGCUGUGACAGUCUCAGAGCGAGGUGUUGUAUUUCUCCGGGACCAAGACGUUUCUCCUCAACAGAUGAAGGAUUUGAUGGAGAGAAUCACGCAGGCCGCUGGUUGUCCCGAGUCAUCAGGUCUACAUGUACAUCCCUUAACGGAAGCAGGCAGCGAGCUUGGAGACCAAAUCAGCGUCAUUAGCAGCGAAAAGCAAAAGAAAGGAGGUGGCUUAACCCACCAACUGAGCGACGUCAGUCGUUUUGCGAGUGCAGGAUGGCAUGCGGAUAUCACCUUCGAGCCUGUGCCUUCAGAUUAUGCAAUGUUGAAAAUUCACACCCUGCCUGCAACUGGAGGAGAUACCCUUUGGGCGUCGGGUUAUGAAAUAUAUGACCGCCUCUCGCCUAAGAUGCGCGAGUUCCUCGAAAGCUUGACGGCGACGCACGAAGCGAGGUUCUUCCUUGAAGAAGCUGAACGUCUGGGGAAUCCAUUACGGGAUGGUAUUCGUGGCUCCCCACUCAAUCGUGGGUCUUCACUUGAAGCAGUGCAUCCAGUGAUCCGUACGAAUCCUGUUACCGGAUGGAAGUCCGUCUUCGUUAAUAAAGGAUUUACUAGACGAAUCAAUGUGCGAUUUAAGUGGAAGAAGAACGAUCUAGCGAUUUGGGAUAAUAGAAGUACCUGGCAUUGUGCAACUUAUGACUAUGAAGCUGCAAGGGCGGGAGAUCGAGUUUGCUCACUUGGGGAAGCACCUUACUUGGACUUGAAGAGUUUGAGCAGAAGGGAGGCACUGGGAGUAAAUUGA